AUGCCGGAGAAAGUAGAGAGUUUCAGUGCGACGGGGAUCGAUAAUGCUCUGGAUUUGUUGGAGGUCGUCACUGCGAAGAUGGACAAGGCGAGCGUGGGCAGCAAGGCGGCUGAGAUCGAGAAGCAUCCCGAGAGGAGGUUCAAGGGUGCAUUCGAGGCGUAUUCGGAACGCGAGCUGCCUAACCUCAAGCAAGACCGUCCUGGGCUUCGCCUGCAGCAGUACAAAGAUCUGCUCUACAAGCAGUUCCAAAAGUCACCCGAGAACCCGUUCAACCAAACGACAGUCGGCUACGAUGCCACGAAAGAAGAAAAGGUCGAGGCGCUCAAGAAGAGACAAGCCGAGGUCGAGCAGAGGUUGAGGGAGAAAUCAUGA